AUGACACUGCCAGGAACACCCAGUAAAUCCAAUCUCAAUUCCAAGACCAACUUUGAAGAGAUGCACUUGCCUGGCAGGCCCCGGCCUUCAUCCAGCGAGGUUUUAGAGGUUUCCGGACAAGUAAGGGUGAGUAAGGUGAAAAUAGUGGACAACAAGGAAAUCCAUUUGGUGCCCAAGCUCAGCGUUAUAGACGAAGGCGAGGAAGGCGACGAAGAAACUGAGUAA